UUUGCUCCCUCCUCUCUUUUCUUUUGCACUGUUCAGACUAUUCAUCGCGCCAGAGACUGCUCGUCAACAUGGAAGUCCCCACAGCAUCGUCGCUACGCGACAUCUACCCAGAGGACGCGCUUCCGGCGGAGACGAAGCGGUGGGACAGUCUGUUGGCCAAGUUCAAGGAACUCUAUGGCAAGCAGGCCGACUUUGUCGCUCGAAGUCCCGGUCGUGUCAACAUCAUUGGCGAGCACAUCGACUACUCUCUCUACGAAGUGCUGCCCAUGGCCAUUACCGCCGACUUCAUCAUGGCAGUCGCUGUGCGAACGUCUGAAGAGAAGCCCCGCGUACGCAUUGCGAACCUCAACUCGGACAAGUUCCCUGCACGCGAGUUCGACAUUCCAGAGGGCGAGAUUCCAAUUGAUGCUUCAGAACACGAGUGGACCAACUACUUCAAGUCCGGGCUAAAGGGCGUAACACAACUCUUGCAGAAGAAACGCGGCAAAUUUACAUCUGUUGGCAUGGACAUUGUGUGCGACGGGACGGUCCCUAGCGGUGGUGGGCUAUCGAGUUCGGCUUCUGUUGUCUGCACAAGCGCAUUGGCUGUUCUCAACGCAAACGGCGAGCAAAAAGUGGACAAGACCGAACUUUGUGAGCUCGCGAUUGUUUCUGAGCGUUCAGUCGGUGUUAAUUCAGGAGGCAUGGACCAAGCAGCGUCUGUCUUCUCCCUGCGCGGCUCUGCUCUCUACGUUUCUUUCAAACCCAGCCUCAAGUGCACAAACAUCGAGUUCCCGCAGACCGAGCCUGAGCUUGCAUUCGUCACGGCCCAGAGCUUCGUCGCAGCAGACAAGCAUGUCACAGCCCCAGUGUGCUACAACCUCCGGGUCGUAGAGUGCACUCUGGCAGCAGUUUUCUUAGCCAAAGCCUUUGGCUUGAAGAAGGCACUCCCCACAGACUCAUCGCCACUGGGAGUCAGUCUGCGCGGCUUCCACGACACUUACUUUGAGGACAAGGAGGGCGUAGCCGACAACACCAAGAUCUCCGUGUCAGAUUUUGAGACUCAACUUACAAAGCUGAUUCAGCACACAGAAGACUACCUCCCACAAGAGGAAGGGUAUACACGGGAACAGAUCAGCGGCCUGCUCGGCAUCUCAGUGGACGAGCUCAACCAACGAUACAUGUCCAAAUUCCCGGUCCGCGCCGAAAAGUUCAUGCUUCGCCAGCGUGCUCUGCAUGUAUUCACGGAAGCUCUUCGAGUCAUCAAGUUCCGCUCACUACUCGCGUCUCCGCCGUCAAAGGACAGAGCCUACCUGCAAUCACUGGGUGAUCUUAUGAACACGACCCAAGACUCGUGUCGCGAAAUCUACGACUGCAGCUGCCCCGAGCUAGAUGAGCUCUGCGAUCUUGCGCGAUCUGCAGGCUCAUGCGGUAGCAGGUUAACAGGAGCUGGCUGGGGCGGAUGCAGCGUGCAUCUCGUACCAAAGGACAAGGUUGAAGCAGUCAAGAAGGCAUGGGUAGAGAAGUACUACAAGAAAAAGUUCCCAGACAUUACAGAAGAGAAGCUAGCACAGGCUAUUGUGGUGAGCGAACCGGGUAGCGGCAGUAUGCUUUUCAAGGUUACUGGCGAGAAGCUUGCUUAGUCUAGAAUUGGUUUGCGCUGAGUUCAUAAAAAAGAAGAAUCUUGUGUUGGGUGGUGGUAUGUCAAACAAUCUGACAUCUCGCCGUUGGAGCGAGGUCAUGAGUUGGA